CCGGUCAGAUAUUCAAAACCGAACGGACGGUCAUCAUCGUCUUCAUUUUAGGAAGAGAAAAGAUCCUUUAACGCCGGGCUGAAUCAAAACCAAACCACUUACUCUCGUGCUGACCACGCUCCAAGAGUCUCAGAUCUCGAAAGAUGGCGACGAAAAUCUCUCACCUUGCUUGUUUCUCCACCACCAAUCGCCAAUUCCGCUUCCAGACCCGAUCGUUCCCAUGCCUUAGGUCUCGCCACUUGUCUUUUGUAGUUAGAAGCGUUGAUGGGAACAGCUCAGAAACACCUUCUUCCCUGAGCUACACAGCUGAGGUUUCUAAACCUUUUGUUGAGAAAACAUCGAAGAAGCCGUAUUCCUCAGUGGAUGAAACUGCUACCAUUAAGGAGAUUAUCACCGAGACAGUAGAGGAACAUGUUGACACGGCACAGCCAAAAAGGGCGGCAAAGAUCCACGACUUCUGUUUCGGCAUUCCUUAUGGUGGCCUCGUUAUGAGUGGAGGGUUGCUUGGAUUUGCGUUUUCACGGAACCUUACAAGUUUAAGUAAUGGGGUCCUCUAUGGUGGUGGCCUUCUUGCUCUUAGUACAUUGAGCUUAAAGAUUUGGCGUCAGGGAAAAUCUAGUUUCCCUUAUAUACUUGGUCAAGCAGUGCUUUCAGCUGUCGUCUUCUGGAAGAACUUCACAGCUUAUUCUAUGACUAAGAAGCUGUUUCCUGCUGGGAUUUUUGCUGUCGUCAGUGCUGCCAUGCUGUGUUUCUAUUCGUAUGUGGUUCUCUCUGGAGGAAACCCAUCUCCAAAGAAAUUGAAACUAUCUAGUAACCCUUCAUACUGAAGAAGCUUCACAUAGGUUUAGGUUAAAAAGAAUAUAGAUCUCUUCUCUUUUGACGACUCUGGUGUGUUGGAUUAUUGUUGUAAUUUUAUAUAGGUUUGAGAGGCCUUCUUUACAGUGUCAUAAUUUUUAAGUAAUAAAAGUUUUCUUUACCGGUGA